UCCAGAUAUGAAGCGUCCAAAGAGCCCCAAUUGGCUGGACAGCAGCCCUCCUCCCAAGAGCCAGCAGGGACAGGAGGAGGAAGAAGAGGAGGAAGAUGAGGAGGAGAGGAAGGUGGUGGCAGGGCACAGGGCCAAACGAGAGCGGCGUCAAGGCAGCAGCAGUGCCACUAUGUGCCAGGUGUGCCACAUACAGCUGAACUCAAGCGCCCAGGCCCAGAUCCACAGCAGAGGGAAGACCCACCAGAGGAGGCUGCGCCGACUGGUAAAGGUUGUCAGCACAGGUGCCCUCUCCCAGAGCCAGGUCCACCCACUCCUGGGCUCCCUGUCUCUGCCAGGUCGACCCCUCCAGCCCCAGACUCAUGCCCAGCUGGAGCACUUCCUGCCGCUCAGGGUCAACAGCUCCUCGCCGCUCAGCCUCUUUCCCAAUUUCAACUCGAUGGACCCGGUGCAGAAGGCAGUGAUCAACCACACCUUUGGCGUGGCUCCACCCAAGAAGAAACCCAUCAUCUCCUGUAACAUCUGUCACCUGCGCUUCAACUCCACUACCCAGGCAGAGGCCCACUACAAAGGUCACAAACAUGCUCGCAAGCUAAAGGCCUUGGAGACCCAGAGGAACCGGCAGAAGAACGGACACAGUUCAUCCACAACAGGAAAAGACAGAGACAGAGAGAAGGGGAAGAUGGGAGGAGGAACGGUGCCCACAUACUCGCAUUUGAAAGAUAUAACAGGCCCAAGUACUUCCCAACCUGCACAGCAGCAGCCAGAGAGCAGCCAGGGAAGCUUGCUAGUGCCCACUCUUUCCUCACAGCCCUCAUCCACAGACUCCAUCUUGCUCCGUUCUCCUCAGCUGUCCCCACAAAUCUCCCCUGGCCCCCAGCUUUUUGAUCUACCUUCAGACAGUCCACCUGGGAAAGGGUGCAGCCCGGCCACCAGUUCGGCCACACAUUGUGGCCCUCAGGGGAGCUUCACGGGAGGUGAGGAGGAGGUGGUGAAGGUGGACGAGGCUAAGGAGACCAAAAGCAACAAAAAACAUCUCCACUGUCCCACGUGCAAAGUGACGGUCAAUUCUAGCUCCCAGUUGGAAGCUCACUGUAGUGGGUCCAAGCACAAACAGAUGCUUGAUGGCCCAUCCAGCAGCCAGCCACAACGCAGGAUCAAGGUGACAUCAUCACCCAGGCCCAUGUGCCGAAUUAAACAGCGAAUGGGCAGCAAGACCAGAGCGGUCGUGGGUGUAUCCAGCCAGCCUUUUCACUGUGAAAUGUGCCAGGUGUCUGUCAACUCAGAGACACAGCUAAAGCAGCACAUGAAUAGCAGGAGACACAAAGAGCGUUUGGCUGGGAAGCCUGUCAAGGUGAAGUUCACUCCUUAUAAUAAAGUACAGCCCAGUGCUGUCUUAGCGACUAAACUGGCCCUGCAGAAACAGCUAUCCAAGACCCUGCCGGCAGGGUUCCUGACCAGCCCCCUCAAUCCAGCUGCCUUGUGCACCAUGGCUUCCGGACCCUUGGCACUACGGCUGCCGCCGGGUCCCACGGCCUUUAUCCAUGGUCCACUGAUCAGCCCCACGCUCUUUAGGCCUGCCCCAGGACCUCUGAGGGCCACACAUGCACCUAUUAUCUUCUCUCCUUACUAGCAAUGUGCCAAGCUAGCCUAGAGGCCUGACAGUAGAGUGGACCUAGUCAAAGCUGGACUACCAGAAAAGUGUAUCUUGGCCUGUGAGAACAAAGCAUGGGACCCAGUGAGGGACACCAGGACACUAUGAACCGACUGCGAGGCCAGCAUAUCAGCAUGUCAAAUUUGGAAGGUUCAAGUCAUAAGAACAGUAUGCAGAAUACACAGAUGUGGAUUGAGAUUUCACUGCUGACUGACCACCCCCUUAAAAAACUGAAGGACCAUCGCUCAGCUGUUUCCCCUCAACAAAUUGUUGAGUGCAUGUUCCCUGGGGUCUGUACCCCUCUGGAAGCCAUAAUGACAAGCAUCUUUUAGUUAUUUAUAAGACAAUAAUAGACUAAUACACUAGGCUGUGUAAAUGUUACUAAGUGUUUGUUGACAAAUUUCUUUCACUUUGAGAGCUGUCUAGUUGUACUCUGGGAGAACAAGUACAACAUCUCAUUCCAGCUUUAACUUUCAUAACUAAAUCUGAAUCAGUAAAAUCCAGAUUGUGUUAUUCCCCCGUGAAACUGGCUACUUUCAUAUAAUUGAUCUCCAUCUAUGAAAAGACAAAGGCUGGGGGUAUUGCAUCUGAACAAAUGUGUCUUUACAGCACAUAUACAGGUGCUGGUCAUAUGAUUAGAAUAUCAUCAUUUCAGUAAUUCCAUUCAAAAAGUGAAACUUGGAUAUUAUAUUCAUUCAUUACACACAGACUGAUA